UAUUAGGUGGGUUAUUGUUUUUUUGAUAAGCGUCGGUAGCGAUGGGUUUUGGGACAGGGCUGGUGGUUUUGCUGGUGGUGCCGUGGGGGCUGGGGCAGGUUUGGGAGAUUGUGGAUGGGUUGAAUAAGGUCACGGAUUUCGGGGUGGAGUUUUAUGGGGAUUUGAAUUUCGACGGGGUGUUGGGGUUCGUGAUAGCGGAAGCCCAGCUUCUACAAUCCGUACCAAGGACUCGAGGCCCCCUUAGACACCACCUAACCCACCUCAUAAACAAAUGCCAAGAAAUCCGAAAACGAACCGGACCUCUACUACCCACAACGCCGCCAAAAAUGCCCAUUUUGCAAGAACACCUUCUGGACCCCACCAACUGGAUACUCCCCACCACCUUCACCGCCACCUUACCAGACCUAGGAAUUUACCAAAACUGGACCGCACUUGACAUAGUCGACAACAAAAGCGCGUCGUACAGGGGCGUACCCAGCGACCACUGCCUCCUAGAAAUUUUGGCCCAGAAUUGCCACAUGAGCCGGUUCUGUGCAGACAUGAUGGUGGCACCAAGAAUCGACACCGGAUACCUGCUUUCACACAGACUUUUGUACCUGCAAAUCGUGCGUCUAAAGCAAUGCAGUUACGACGACGAUGUUUUCCGAGCUUUGACGAAGAGGUUUUGUUCUUUGAUGUUGAAGGAGGUUCGAACUAGCGAGGUCUUGGGGUUCCCGGCUCAUGAUAUAGUGCUGGAACAGAUGGUUCUUUGUGGAUUGGAGGGUUAUUCGGACUUUUUGAUUGAGAAGUGGAGGCGGGAAGUACUGGAGUGGCAGAGUCCAUUUGGGUGUUAUCACAGCGAGGGGGGAAAUUUGAAGCGGUCGAGCAACGUGAUUGGUUACGGGUGUACGGACCACAGUACGGGGUUGGGGGCGGCGGCGAUGGCGGUAAAUUUGAGAUUUCUGCUACAGGAGUAUCCAUCUAUACCGUAAUAACCUGAUUCUGGAAAAUUAUAAUAUAUAUAUUGAAUGAAAUCUGAAAAAUACAUAGUAUGCAACCAACACUACGUUGUUAAAAUUGUUGCCUAUAGUCCGACCGUCUAAUCAAUAUUGUUGUGUAUUGUUGGUUGCCUACCUCUCCAUUUCUCCAAUAACGUUAGUAAUUUGUAUCGCAUUCAUUCUAAACGUGAUUAUUUCCUAUUUCUCGUCCUCGUGAUACAAAAACGCUGACAUAAAUUCCAAAUUUAAACCCCUAAUAAAAAAUUCAAAAACUUGAUUUAUAAUAAGAAACAAACACGUGUCCAGCACACCUUUAUUUUUAGCUCUCGCUGAGCCAGGUAGGAAUUUGCCGUCGAAUCUCCUCACGUCACAUGAAGUCAUCAAACAAUAUAGCCUGUUAAUCUCCGGCAAAAAAUUCAAAACAGUCCAUUCAAAACAUGCAUCGCUGCGAGGUCAAGGCGAACUCUCGUUUGCCAGCCAAGAUCCGAAAUUAAUUUUUCCAACCGCCAAAGAAAUCCGUUAGCGCUUUCUGUUUACGGCGAUGAGUCGAGGAUAAUCUUAUCGGGCCAACGUCAGCUCUUGUGACAUCACUGCGAUGUUAUUUUUAUUCACAAUAAAUCUCUGGAAUAAUACCGGAAAAAAUAUACCUGCACGUGCGAAGACUGUGUACAGCAAAAUGCGAGUGUUUCUCGCUAAUUUGGGUAAAAUGUAAGAGCCGAGUGAAAGAAACUGAAACAAUUCGCAAGUGGGUAAGCAGGUGGUACACAUUCUCAGUUCUCUCACUUCCAUCCAUAAAUUAUUUCCCACACCUCAAUGCAAAUUCGAUGGGUCGGAUUUUUUUGAUGGGACGGUGCUCGAAAUCUGGCUAAAAAUAGCGGCGAGUUGGGAAGAUCGCCGUGAUUUGGGUAAUUUAGUCCUUUAUGACACCUAAUUUAAACUUGAAUAAAUCAGGUGAUGGAUUUUAUAAAAAGUAAAAGUUCGUAAAGCGAGGUUUUCGGUUAUUUUCGUUGUAAUACAUUUACACAUUCCUGGGUUCUAGGUUUAAUGGCUGUAUCGUGUAGAUAUGAGUGUUUACACAGGAAUCGUGGAGUCAUUAUGAACUAAAAUUAAAAUUCCGAAAAUUAUACAGUAAUUCUGACUGCAUGAGUACAACAUGACACAUAACAUCGACGAAUUACAGUUCAAAGAUUGAUCUUCUUGCUUUGUGGCAGAAACUUUCUUGUUAUCUCGAAAAAUCAAAAUAUAUUUGUAAUAAUAAGAAUGAUGUAUACUUGGACCAAAAAUAAAAUCCUUUAUUGUU